AUGGCUAGUACAUUCCAGGAAACACCUACACUUGAAGCUUCUUAUUCAAAAAAUGUUGAUGCUAAGCUGUCCUUUCUACCUGAAAGACUGAGAAAGAAACUGCUUCCUUUUCAGGAGAAAGGCAUCAUAUUUGCACUUCAGAGAAGCGGCAGGUGUAUGAUUGCUGAUGAGAUGGGGCUAGGUAAAACAAUUCAAGCAAUUGCCAUUUCCUAUUACUAUAAAAACGAAUGGCCUCUCUUAAUUGUAGUGCCUUCAUCUCUGAGAUACCCUUGGGUUGAUGAGAUGGAGAAGUGGAUUCCAGAACUCUCUCCGGAUGAUAUUAGCAUCAUUCAGAACAAAACUGAUACUGGGAGAAUAUCAACCAGCAAAGUAACGAUUCUGGGGUAUGGCCUGUUAACUUCUGAUGCACAGACUUUAGUAGACACUUUGUACAGGCAGAACUUUAAGGUAGUUGUGAUUGAUGAAUCACACUAUAUGAAAUCCAGAAAUGCCACACGCAGCAAGAUUUUGUUGCCAAUUGUGCAGAAAGCUCUUAGAGCUAUUCUUCUUACUGGAACUCCUGCUCUAGGAAGACCUGAAGAGCUUUUCAUGCAGAUUGAGGCACUGUUUCCAAGAAGAUUUGGAACUUGGAGUGAAUAUGCCAAAAAAUAUUGCAAUGCUCGUGUCAGGUUUUUUGGUAAAAGAACUCAAUGGGACUGUAGAGGAGCUUCAAAUUUAGAAGAACUACAUCAACUUUUAAGUGAAAUAAUGAUCAGAAGACUGAAGAAUGAUGUUCUAACUCAGUUGCCUCCCAAAGUUAGGCAACGUAUUCCAUUUGACCUCCCGCAAGCUGCAGCUAAGAAUUUGAAUACCACUUUUGCAGAGUGGGAGAAAUUAAUGAGAAAUCUGAAUUCGGAUGCCACUGAAAGCCACUUCUCUCAAGUCAUGAAUCUAAUCACACGCAUGUAUAAAGAAACAGCCAUUGCCAAGGCAGGAGCAGUAAAGGACUAUAUCAAAAUGAUGCUUGAAAACGACAAACUGAAGUUUCUUGUUUUUGCUCACCACUUAAGCAUGCUUCAAGCCUGUACAGAGGCAGUUAUAGAAAGUAAGGUUCGCUACAUACGAAUAGAUGGAAGUGUUCCUUCCGCAGAAAGAAUACAUCUUGUUAAUCAGUUUCAGAAGGAUCCUGACACCCGGGUUGCUAUUUUGAGUAUUCAAGCGGCUGGUCAGGGAUUAACUUUCACUGCUGCUACUCACGUUGUGUUUGCUGAAUUAUAUUGGGAUCCAGGCCACAUUAAGCAAGCAGAAGACAGAGCACACAGAAUUGGGCAGUGCAGUUCUGUGAAUAUUCACUUCCUUAUCGCAAAAGGAACAAUGGAUACUCUUAUGUGGGCAAUGCUGAAUCGCAAGGCCAAAGUUACAGGCAGCACCUUGAAUGGCAAGAAAGAGAAAAUGCAGGCUGAAGAAGGUGAUAAAGAGAAAUGGGAUUUUUUGAGUUUUGCUGAGACCUGGACCCCGAACGAAAGUCUAGAAGAUCACAGAAACGAACUUUUAUUUACACAUUUUGAAAAGGAAAGACAGCAUGACAUACGUUCUUUCUUUUCCCCAAAAUCCUCCACUGAGAAGAAACGCAAAAUAUUUUGUGGUAAUGAAUCGUUACAUAAUGAUUCAGAAUCUUCUGAAGUCACAAAAGAAGAGGAUACAGAGAAGAUCGAUGAAAACCUGGAUUCCACAGGAAUAAGUGAUGUGGAUACAAUUUGUCAUGAAAGUACCUGUGAACGUGAAGCUAAAAGAGCAAGAAGCAUAAGUGGAUCUACUCCAGUCAGCUCCAGUAAGAAAAAGAAAAAAUCUUUGACUGGAAAAAAGCCGCCUUUGUUUUCAGAAAAACACAAUGAAGUCCUUCCUUGUGGCUUAAAUACUUCAAGCAAAAGUGCAGCUUUAAAUAAAGUAUGGCGCUGCGGUGUUUGCACUUACAGCAAUAAUGAAUUGCUCCCUUACUGUGAAAUGUGCAAUUGCCCUCAAAGCAGUAAUGUUGAGAGAAAUUGUGAAGCUCCCAUGAGCCAGACUGAGGAAGAUGUGUCAAAGGACUCCAGAAGAAAUGAAGAGCGAGUAGAGUGCAGUGCUGAACGCAGAAGAGAAGGUUUGGAGGAAGUGGUGACCCAGCAAUCUGUUGAAAUCAGCCAACAGGAAACUAUUGAAAUUGAAAAUGAAGAAAGUGAAAAAAAGGAUGGAGAAGGAGAUGUAGAUAAAUCAGAUACGUUUCCAAUAUAUGAUGGGCUUAUGUUUUGUGCCCAGGAAAAAAGCAGGAAUACUGAUAGAAUUCACCUCUAUACAAAGGAUGGUGAACCAUUGAAUCAUAAUUUCAUUCCAUUGGACAUACAGCUGGAUAACUGGGAGGAUUUGCCAGAGAGUUUCCAGCAUAAACAAAAUCGUUCAUUGAUACUGAGGUUUGUGAAAGAAUGGAGUCAUCUAACAGCAAUGAAACAGAAGAUUGUCAGAAAAAGUGGUCAGAUAUUUUGUAGUCCUAUUCACGCUGCGGAGGAGUUGUGUAAAAAGCAGUCAGCGGUCAGCAGCACAAAAAGGUACAUGACCAAAGAGGAUGUAGCAGCAGCAUCGCUUAGCAAAGCUAGCAGCAGCGGGGGCAGCGUGCGCCUCAUCUCAAAAGAAAGCGGAGUUUGUCUGAAGAAUGAAAACGCCUCUAUUGAGCAAUCAGGUCGUUCCACAAAGUUGCUUUCAGAAGAUAGAAAAGGCGCGUCAGCUCUUUGUUCGGAGCAGAGCGACGCUGAGGGCUCCUCCCUGUCCAAAGGUUAUUUGCAAGCCCUGGACAGCCAAGGGAACCCGCUCUGUCUCAGCUGUCAACAGCCAACAGCUCAGCUUGAGCCAGGCUGCCAGGCACGCGCCUGGGACACGCGAUUCUGCUCUCACGCCUGCCAGGAGGACUUCUCGAUUCGCUCUAGUCAGAGCUACCUCAGGACGAAAGUGUUUGAAAUCGAACACGGUGUCUGCCAGUUUUGUAAUCAAAACGCCCAGGAGCUUUAUCUCAGCAUCAGAGAUGCGCCCAAGAGUCAGCGUAAGAAACUUCUGGAGAGUUCUUGGAUGUCUCGCCUCCCGCUCGGGCAGUUGAAUGAAAUUCUGACGAACCCGGCGGAAGGGCAGUUCUGGCAGGUAGACCACAUCAAGCCCGUUUACAGUGGAGGAGGACAGUGCUCCCUGGAAAACCUUCAAACGCUGUGUACAGUCUGCCACAGAGAGAGAACUGCAAAACAGGCCAAGGAGAGAAGUCAGAUGAAGAAACGUUCUUUAGGUACAAAGUAUGGCUGUGACAUCACAAAAUUUUUUGUGAAGAUGUAA